AUGAUUCUAGCUUUGAAUUCCAAGAACAAAUUGGGUUUUGUCAAUGGCUCGAUUAAGGCUCCUUUAGAAGAAACUGAUCUUAAAGGUUAUGCGACUUGGUCACGGUGUAACAACAUGGUUCACUCCUGGAUCGUCAAUACUCUCAAUCCAGAAAUCGUGGACAAUGUAAUCUAUUAUUCUACUGCUUAUGAAGUUUGGGAAGAUCUUCGUGAGCGGUUCUCUCAAAGCAAUGCACAUCGCAUCUUUGAAAUUCAACAAGAUAUUGCUUGUCUUCGACAAGAGCAACUCUCUGUCUCUGCCUAUUACACAAAAUUGAAAGGUCUGUGGGAUGAACUAGCUUCCUACAAUGUUGCACCACAUAGGGCACAACAAGAUCAACAAAAAUUGAUGCAAUUUCUGAUGGGAUUGAAUGAAUCUUACAGUGCUAUUCGUGGGCAAAUCCUCCUAAUGAAUCCUCUCCCUUCUGUCCUCCAAGCAUACUCCUCUGUCUCUCAAGAAGAAAAACAUUGCCUUCUUACUUCGACGAAUGCAACAACGGAAUUUGCCGCAAGUGCUGCUAUGGCUGUGUGCAGCAACAACAAGUCUUUGGUGGCCUGGAAGGACAAAAUAGAUCGAUCGAACACAGGAAUGAUGGAACCGACUAAUCGCCCCUCUGGAUCUGGCUAUGAGGAAGACGAUUGGUUUGGGUAA